AUGCCCGUGCACCAAGAUGAGAACUUCGGGGCAAGUCCACUGUGCGGCCCCUCGCAAUCCUAUGUUUAUAAUGAAAAAACGCAUAAUGGAGUUCAACAAAAAAUCCUCAAAAAAGCUGGGAUAUCUAUCAAAAAGGAGGAACCAGAGCUGGCGAGAAAGCGGAAUGAGCUCAGAGCGAUACGAGAGCAGAUCAUGCUGAAAAGAGCCUCCGUCGGUCUCACAUGCAGCAGUUUUGCAAUUGAUGAUCCAGAGCUUUGCUCCGAUGAUGAAGAGACGGACAGGCCGACAGAAUCAAACAAAAGACUGCAAGAUGAAAGAGUCGCGCUAUCCCUACAAGAUCGAGUCAAGCAAAUUCUGUUGCAUAGGGGAUGUUCCAAGGUAAUUCAAACGAGAAGAAGCCCCAUAAGAUAUCCUCUAAUGCAAGAUCACCCUCUAAAGUUCCGGGUUCAAGUGGCGUUGCAGAAGAGAUUUAUGGAUCCCCCUGUGAAGGCACCAAACUCUCAGAUUCCAAUGCUCGCACAAGAACAGGACAACCAGGGCUUCUUGCGCUUCCUCAACAUCCUCAACAAAGGAGUGGACAUCGAUAAACUCAGGGAUAUCGUUCACAGCGCCACGGAGAAGGAGUCGCGACCAGCGCCCUCAAACAGUCAAAGAGGGAAGGAUACAAACGGCGUAGAAGGUCAACCUGAGCCUAAAAAGACGGAUCAACAGAAUAACCUGAAGUACAUUCUGAAGACUCUGGGCUUAAGUUUGGACCCAGACGACAUGAGCAAGAUGGCCGACCGCACCGAGGAGCGGCUGUACUGUGGAAAGAAGAGCACAGAGGAGGAGAAAGGCAAGACACGGGACAAAAAACCUGCACGCCAUUCUGGAAGGAAGGGAAGCAAAGAUGGAUAUUCACCGGGACAAUACACAAGAGCAGGCUCCGCGACUAGUUCAACGUCAAAUCGUUGGAGCCCGGCUAAGAGUUCUUCUUCUUCUCGUCGGCACAAAAGUCCGCAAAGGAGUUCCAGAUCGCAGAGGAGGUACAGAAGUCGUUCCCUCUCGCCUCGCCGCUACAGAAGUCCUUCCCUCUCGCCUCGCCGCUACAGAAGUCCUUCCCUCUCGCCUCGCCGCUACAGAAGGUCCAGGUCUCCCUACAGACGCAGUCGAUAUUCAAGGUCUAGGAGUAGAGAUUCCAGUGGGGAUUCCAGCAUAGACUCAUACAGAGACUCACGCUCGUCGUACAGCCCUCGUUCCAGAGAUCGCAGGGACCCGCCUCGCUCGUAUCAAUCGUCAACGCAACCGUAUCCAUACCCGCCCCCACCACUACCGCCGCCGCCACAACAGUACUAUAACCCGCCAUAUCUACCGCAAAUGUAUCCUCCCCCAGGACAAUACGCAACACAUUCACAAUACGCAGCUUACAACAGCUACUGGGGGUAUAGCCAGACCUCUUUGGCCUGGUCCAACAUGCCGGGUCAAAUGCCCCCUCCAAUUAUGCCCCCUCCAAAUAUGCCCCCUCCAAUUAUGCCCCCUCCAAUUAUGCCCCCAUUUCUUCCCAGUCCACAAACUGAUCCGAUCACUAGCAUUCUCGGACCGCCGCCAGAAUCAGUGGAGAGCAGCAAGCCGGACAUUUUUUUGAAUUAUAAUAAAAAAAAGUCCCGCUGCCUCGUCACCAUACAGCAAGUGGAGACAACUGAUAGAAAUCUUAAGGACAAAUCCCAGAAAAAGGAAUGGCAUAAAAUGAGAAACGCCAUGCUUAAAGAAGCAGUGAAGAAGCGUAAAGAAGAACAGAAGAGGCGUAAAGAAGAAGUGAAGAGGCGUACAGAAGCUAAUAAGGAACGUAGAAAAAACGCUGUUCCUGAACUUAACGAUGACGAGGUGGGAGAGAAGCCCGAUCAAAAGUUAAAGCUUGAAGCUUUAAACCACGGAAAGAAGCCCUCCACACAAUCAGCCGCCACUGAAACGAAGACUGAACUUGACUGUGACGAGGUGGAGGAGAAACCGUCGCUGACAGAGGAGGAAGUCAAAGCCAAUCUAAAGUUAAAGCUUGAAGCGUUUAACAGCAGAAUGAAGAAGCGCGCCACAGAACCAGCCGCCGCUAAAACUAAUACUGAACUUCAACCAUCGCUCACAGAGGAUGAAAUGAAAGCCAACCUAAAGGAAAAGCUUGAAGGUUUUGCCGACAAAAGAAAGGAAGGCUCCAAGCAAUCAAAGAAAUCAGAAGAGGCGGACAACAUUUGA